AUGAGUCCAACAUGGAUUUUUGUGGUGAGCAUUGCAGCUAUGUUGGUGGUUGGGAAUGGACAAUCAUCAGUGAAGCCAUUGGUGAAGACGGUGAAGGGAAAGAAGGUGUGUGACAAAGGGUGGGAGUGCAAAGGUUGGUCUACUUAUUGCUGCAAUGACACUAUCUCUGACUACUUCCAGACCUACCAGUUUGAGAACCUCUUUGCAAAGCGCAAUUCUCCAGUGGCACAUGCUGUUGGAUUCUGGGAUUACCGUUCUUUUAUCACUGCUGCUGCUCUGUAUCAGCCUCUUGGCUUUGGAACCACUGGAGGAAAGACCAGUGGCCAGAAGGAGGUUGCAGCUUUCCUCGGCCAUGUUGGCAGCAAAACCUCUUGUGGUUAUGGGGUGGCUACUGGGGGACCCUUAGCCUGGGGCUUAUGCUACAACAAGGAAUUGAGUCCUGAUAAAUUCUACUGCGAUGACUACUACAAAUUAACCUACCCUUGCAGUCCUGGUGCAGCAUACUAUGGCCGUGGUGCCAUCCCACUUUACUGGAACUACAACUAUGGAAAAGCUGGGGAAGCCUUGAAGGUGGAUCUGUUGAACCAUCCAGAGUACAUAGAACAAAAUGCAACCCUAGCCUUCCAGGCUGCAAUGUGGCAGUGGAUGAGCCCACCUGAGAAGCACCUACCUUCACCACAUGAUGUCUUUGUUGGCAACUGGAAACCCACCAAGAAUGACACAUUGUCCAAAAGGGUACCUGGAUUUGGUGCCACUAUAAAUUUGCUCUAUGGGGACCAAACUUGUGGUCAGGGAUCUGAUAAUGAAGCCAUGAACAACAUCAUUUCCCACUAUCUUUAUUACCUUGAUCUCAUGGGUAUUGGCAGAGAAGAGGCAGGGCCUAAUGAAGUUCUCUCCUGUGCUGAACAAAAGGCUUUUAAGCCCUCUGGCCCACCAUCUUCUUCCUCAAAUUGA